AUGGAAGAGGCUGAAAAAGUGAAAGUUGUGGUCCGAUGUCGUCCGAUUUCUCAAACUGAAAUCGAUCAAGGCCAUAAAUCAGCUGUGAAUUGUUUAUUUGAUGAAAAAUCGGUGGCGGUCAAUAAUCCAAAUGCGCAGGUAAGCAUUUUGUAAAUAUUGGUAUAGAAUUGUGAAAUCAAGUUUGCUCUAUUUUUAUUUUUGUGUAGUUCUCUCGGAGUUCAAACCCUAAUUAUAAAUAAGCUUUUUGUGAAAAAAAAAUAAUUUUCAAUUAUUUUUGCAAAAUGAAUAAAAAUACUUUCAGGAACCAUCUCGAUCAUUUUAUUUCGAUGCCGUUUUUCCGCCAUCCACAGAUCAAAUGACAGUAUAUAACAUCGCUGCAAGACCAAUUGUUGAUAAUGUUUUGAAGGGAUAUAAUGGUGAGUGGCAAAACCGGCUGAUUUUUUUUUAAAAAUUGUGCCACGUAAAAUUUGUAUAGGUUCUAGAAAUCUCAAAAUCUGACAAAAAACCUCCCCUCAUAAUUUCUGAAUUCCAAAACACCUUUUUUCAGGCACAAUUUUUGCGUAUGGUCAAACUGGAACUGGAAAAACAUUCACAAUGGCCGGAGAAAUGGAUAAACCAGAACUGCGGGGAAUUAUUCCCAAUUCAUUUGCUCAUAUUUUUGAUCAUAUUGCCAAAUGUCAGCAUGAUACAACGUAAGAGAUUUUUGAAAUUUUAGCCCAAAUCUGGUCUCGAAAUUCUCUUACAAAAAAUUUCAAUUUUCAGAUUUUUGGUUCGUGUUUCGUACCUCGAAAUUUACAACGAAGAUAUUCGAGAUUUGUUAGCGAAAGAGGGAAAUGUUACAAAUUUGGAGAUAAAAGAAAGACCAGAUAUUGGAGUUUAUGUCAGAAAUUUGUCAUCGAUUACAGUUGGAAGUGCAUCACAAAUGCAAAAAAUAAUGGAAUUUGGAAAUAAGAAUCGAAAAGUUGGAGCGACUGCAAUGAAUAUUGAAUCAUCAAGAUCUCAUGCAAUGUUUACUGUCACUAUUGAAAGUAGUAAGGUGAGUCGGGGAAAAUUUGGGGAAGCCGGGAAGAAUUUUUUGUUUUCAAAAAAAAACUGAAUUAUUUUGAAUUCAGGAAAAUUUCUUGAAAGAUGUUUUUGCCACGGCUCAUUUGCAAUUAAAAAUUAGGUGCCAAAAAAUCUACGUGGCAUUGUUUUUAUGAAAAAAAUUGAUCAUAAUUUUUUUUCUGAAAUUUGGGUUUUUUUCCCAUGAAAAAUUUAAUUCUAGGGCAAUAUCGUUACACAAGGAAAACUUCAAUUAGUCGAUUUGGCUGGAUCUGAAAGACAAAGUAAAACUGGAGCACAAGGAGAACGAUUAAAAGAAGCUGCAAAAAUCAAUCUAUCACUUUCAACACUUGGAAAUGUGAUAAGUUCGCUAGUCGAUGGAAAAUCAACACAUAUUCCUUACCGAAAUUCGAAAUUAACCCGUCUUUUGCAAGAUUCGCUUGGCGGAAAUUCAAAAACUGUUAUGAUUGCGAAUAUUGGUCCAGCAACUUAUAAUUUCGAUGAAACAUUGUCGACUUUGAGAUAUGCGAAUCGCGCGAAAAAUAUUCAAAAUGUGGCGAGAAUUAAUGAGGAUCCGAAGGAUGCGAUGCUUAGGAAGUUUCAGCAGGAAAUCGAGAUUUUGCGGAAACAAUUGGAGGAAGAAGAUCGAGAUGAUGAUGAUGAAAAUGAAGAAGCUUGGCAGAGUAAAAUGCGAGAUAUGGAAGCGGAUAUUGAGAAAAAACGGAAAAUAUUAGAAGAAAGAGAGGGAAAUGAUGAUGAAACGAAGAAAUUGAGGGAUGAAAUGUUGGAAAGGUAAUGUUUUUUAUUUUGAAACAUUUAAAUUUGGCACUCUAAAAUCCACGUGGCAUAAUUUUUUAUUUGAAAUUUUUUUCCAAGUUUUUUUCCCAACCCAAAAAUCCACGCUACAAAAUUUUUCUCUUAGACCAAAAAUCAACCCGGCGUAAUAAAAACAAAUAUUUUUGCAGUGAAAAUGAAUUGAAAAAAGCUCGCGCGGAACACGAAAAACUUCGCACCAAACUCAAUCAAAUGGAAUCAAAACUAAUUGUUGGCGGUGAAAAUUUGUUGGAAAAAGUUGAAGAACAAGCAAAACUAUUGGACGAAAAUAAUCGAGAAAUUGAAAUGUCAAAAAGUCAUGAGAUGAAAUUGAGAAAUCAAUUGGAAGAGAGAAAUAUUGCCAAAAUUGAGAUUGAGGAAAAGUUAGUUCUUUUUUAGAAUUUUGGAUGAAAAAUAAAUGAUAAAAAUUUAAGACAUACUUCACUGCAAGAGGAAAGUAUUUCAAAGUCGAAAAAAAUAAAUCGAGUUAUUACUGAUUUGAAAGAAGCUCGAGCUGAAUUGAAAGAUUUGGAAGAAGAACAUCAAAGACAAGUUGAAGCUAUGUUGGAUGAUAUUCGACAAUUGAGAAAGGUAAGAGGGAAUUUUUCUUGUGACGUGGCAGUGUGAAAAUGUUCAAAACUAGUCAAGUAAAUUUUGAAUCCCUUAAUUCUUAAUUCUCAAACACAAUUUCCAGGAACUCUUAUUAAACGUGGCAAUAAUCGAUGAAUACAUCCCUCAAGAAUAUGUUGAACUAAUCGAGAAAUAUGUUAGUUGGAGUGAAGAACAUGGAGAUUGGCAAUUGAAAGCCAUCGCUUAUACGGGAAAUAAUAUGAGAGCUGCCGCACCGCCAACAACAUCCACUUUUUCGGUGAGUACUGUAGUUUUGUAGCUCGAGGGAACGGAGCAUUUUGAGAUCGAAUAAGCCUAGGAUUACUGUAACUCCUAGAAUUCUCUGACUUAAUUUUUUUUGAAAUUCAAAAAUCAACCGAACGUGAACUUCUCCUAAAAGCAACGUGGCAGUUUGAAAUCCCCCAUUUCCAUUUUUAAAAAUUUCCUAUGAAUCACACUUGUUUUUUUUUGCGUUACCAGUUUUUUUUCUUCGAACUACAAAAAGUACCAACGUCAGCAAUUCGUAGCUUUACUAAUUUUGGGUUACUGUAGUUUUCUUUUUGUUGAACUCUUGGAUUUGAGAUGUUUGCGUAAGAUUUUCGUGGGGGAAUACGUAGUUAUGACGUGGCAAAGCUGGGAGAAACGGAAACUUGGGCUGAACUAGAAUCUCAAGCUAACAAAAAAUUUUACGUUGAAAAUAUGGGUAUCACUGAAACCUAGGCUUACAAGGAAAGGUUUUCAAUGUUCCCCCAAGGAAAAAAUCGAGAGUAUGUGGAAUGUUGAGGGUUCCCAUGGGUUAGAAAAACCCUAACGGGAAUAAGGAGAAAAAUGCCUUGUUUUAGAAAAUUUUGGUGUUAUUGAUUUUUGCGAUGAAAUUUUUUAGAAAAAUCGAAACUUUUUUCAAAAUUGAUGAAAAAUGUAAGUCUAAAAAUCCAUUUGCAGCGCAAACGGCGUACUUUAGUAUUACUUCGACUAAAAUUAGGAAUAAAAUAAUUUUGGUCCCAAAAGUCCACUAAAUCAAAAAAUCCAGUUUGAAAAAUUCAUAGAAAAUCAACGUUUUCGUUGUGAAGGAGAAGUUUGUGUGAAUCGAGACUAUGAUUUUUGGAUUCUACGGACCAAAUUACGUCUGUUGACCGUCAUAAAUUUUUCAAGUUCCGUUCAUUUGAAAAUGGAAAAAAUUAUUUUUUGUGUUUUUUGGUGACCAUUUGAUCAGAAAAACCCCAACUAAAAAAACCAAAUUUCAAAAAAUGUCUAAUUUUUUGAUAAAAAGUUUCACAAACACGUAAUCGACCAUUCUGAACAACUUCCACGACUCAAAAGUUCAUGAAAUAGAUUCAAAAUCGAGUUACAGAUGCUCUAAAAAUCAAAAAGUGGUGUAAAAAUCGACCUAAAAUACAUUUUUUCUCGAGAAUAAGGCAUUUUUCUCCUUAUUCCCGUUAGGGUUUUUCUUACCCACGGGAACCCUCAACAUUCCACAUACUCACGAUUUUUUUCUUGGGGGAACAUUGAAAACCAUUCCUUGUUAGGCAUAACCAAAAUCUUAGGCUUACGCUUAACUAAAAGCGUAUGCUUAACAAAAAAUUUUGGCUGAAUCUUAAACUUAACUCAAAUCCUGAGCUUAUUGGGCCAAGACUAAUUCAGGCUUCACGAAACUUAGGCUGAGAUUUAGGCUCAACCAAAAAAUUUUAAAAAAAAGUGAUUUUCUUUUGCGAUAUCUGAAAACCCACAAUAUUCACAGAUCAAAAUCCACGUGGAUUUCUCGAAUUUUUUCUGGAAAACUUUUAAUUCUCAUUUUUUCAGACAAACAAUCAAACAAUUCCACUGUUCUACUCAUACAAAAAUGAUCUCGGCGCAUCUUCAAUGGAAUCUCGACCAAGAACCAGAUCCGGGAAACGGUAGGCCCGAUAUUACUUUUUUAAUCCGUUAUUACUAUUUCUGCACUACAUUUUCAACGGAUUUUCAACUACGUUUCUAUAGUUUUUCGAACUAAAAAAUUGGAUUUGAUAUUUUUUCUAAUUAUUAGUAUAGUAAUAUGUAUUUUUUUCAGGGAACGAGAUGCUGCAAAACUCAAACAAUUGUUGUCAUGA